GUUUAAAUUCAUAAUAGGUAUCCUACGAGAAAUAAAGUAAGGAGGCACCUAAAUAUAGAAGAUAAAAUCUUAUAGAUAGAUACAUAUUUGAAAGUACUUUGGAAGUAAUAGUGCUUGAAAUCGACUCUGGAGAAAAAGAGACGAAAUAAUCAAACAAACCGCAAAGGAGCCACUGCAUUUGUGCAACUGUGGGGGAUUUUUUUUCGAUUAUAGAUACGAAUCAAGGGAUCUUCAUAAAGGGAUUCUAGCAGGUAUCCAGACAAUCGGUUGAGAACGCCAUAUAUAAGAAAGAAAGAGUGUUGAAUUAAGAAGGCAAAACAGAAGGACGAUCCAAUUAUGUCUCAACCAUUCCCGAUCGCGAGUGACCUUAACGCCACUUGGUCAUUUGUACAACCAGGAUUAGAGUUUAUUCUUGGCUCUCAGGGUGACCAGGGUGUCACUUCCAAGAUGUACAUGAAUUGUUACACUGCAAUUUACAACUACUGUAUUAACAAGUCCAGACAUGGUAGCAGUGCAGGAAGUACUUUGGGAGGUAGUCAUAGCAGUAAUUCAUCUAACAACUCAUAUUCCUUGGCAGGGGCUGAGAUCUAUAACAAGCUUGAUCAAUACCUUGUGAGGUUCAUUGGAGGACUCCAUAAGGAAGAAGGUGAACUGUUUCUUGAGUUUUAUGUACGGAAAUGGACCCGUUUCACCAUUGGGGCCGGCUAUAUGAACAAUGUUUUCGAUUAUAUGAAUCGUUAUUGGGUCCAGAAGGAAAGAUCUGAUGGACGAAGAGACGUAUUUGACGUCAACACGUUGUCGUUACUCAAAUGGAAAACUCAUUUGUUUAAUGAAAAUGCUGAGCUUCUUAUCGAAGAAGUAUUGGCACAAAUUGAAAGACAAAGAAAUAAUGAAAUUGUAGAUUCAUCAUUGAUUUCCACUGCUAUUAAAUCAUUAGUAUUUUUGGGUAUUGAUGUUCAAGAUUUGAAAAAGCCAAAUUUAGUAGUUUAUAUUAAACAUUUCGAAAAUGUGUUCUUGGAAAGAACUGCUGAGUAUUAUCAAAAGGAAAGUUCCCAAUUCCUUGCUGAACAUAAUGUUGUUGAUUAUAUGAAGAAAUGUGAAGCUAGAUUAGCAGAAGAAGUCUCUAGACUGAACAAUUAUUUGGAAGAUCAUACCAAACGGUUCUUGUUGGAUACUUUAAACAAAGUUUUAAUUGAGGAACAUGCACAGGGGAUGUAUGACCUGUUUUUGGAAUUGUUGGAACAAUACCAAAUUGGCCAUAUUCAGAGAAUGUAUAAAUUAUUAUCAAGAGUACCGCAUACUCUUCAACCAUUGGCAGAUGGAUUAGAAAGAUAUAUUAAAGAGGAGGCAGUUAAAGAGAUUGAAAGAAUCACAGCAGCCACCGAGGCUGCCAAUCCUACCGGCACUGUAAGUGGUGCUGCAGCUGGGAGAAAGGCAACAGGUGUAUCACCUAAGCUUUACAUCCAUACACUUUUAACCGUAUAUUAUAAGUUUAAUGAUGUUGUCACUUCGGCAUUCUCUAGAGACCCACUUUUCAUCAAGGCUCUUGAUAAUGCUUGUCGUCAUUUCAUCAAUAAGAACCCAGUUGCCACUCCAACCCCAAAAUCUGCGUGCAAGACUCCUGACCUUCUUGCCCGUUAUUCAGAUGCAUUCCUUAAGGCGACUUCGAAGGAAAGUGAUACUGCAGAUAUGUCCACUGAUAAUCUCAUGAUUAUUUUUAAAUUUGUUGAAGAUAAGGAUUCAUUUGAAGAACACUACCGUCGUCUUCUUGCUAAAAGAUUAAUCAACAGCAACACCAAGUCAGAUGAAUUAGAAGAGAGUAUCAUUCAAAGACUUCAAGAAGAGAAUUCCUUGGAAUACACUUCAAAGAUGACAAAGAUGUUCCAAGAUAUGAAGUCAUCAGAUGAUUUAAAGAAUAGUGUAAGAGAUGAAUUAGCUACAAACAACUCCAUAGAACCAGUCAAGGACUUCACUCCACUUAUUCUUGCCCAUUCCAUGUGGCCAUUUAAAUUCUCUGAAGAUUAUGAUCUUAAAUUAGCACCUGAACUUGAACUGUCUUUCAACAAAUUGGAAGAGAUUUAUCAUCGUAAGCAUAAUGGAAGACAAUUACAAUGGCUUUGGAACCAUGGUAAGAGUGAAGUUAAGGCCAAUUUAUCACGCAAGGGUAAACCCCCAUUCCUCUUCACUGUAAGUAAUGUUCAAUUAAUGAUCUUGCUUGCAUUCAACAAAAAGAAUACAUACACUUUUGAUGAGCUUUUAGAAAUUGUUGGUGUUGCUAAACAUACUUUGGAAUCACAUUUACUUCCAUUCACCAAAUACAAGCUUAUUGAUGCUCCUGGCCCUGGUCAAACCAAAUAUACAAUUGUUGAAGAAUACAAAUCGAAGAAACUUAAGGUAAACUUUGUGAGUUCGAUCAAGACUGAAGUGAAGCAAGAAGAAGAUGAUACAAAUAAAGAGAUUGACGAGACCAGAAGAAAUUAUCUCUCUGCAUGCAUUGUACGGAUCAUGAAGACCAGAAAGCAAAUGAAACAUAAUGAAUUGGUGAACGACGUUGCUACGCAAGCAUUAUCACGGUUUAGAGCUAAGAUUUUAGAUAUCAAGAGAGUUAUUGACUAUUUGAUUGAACGUGAAUACUUGAGAAGAGUGGAGAAUGAUACUUAUGAGUAUUUGGCGUGAGGUAGGUAGAAUAAUACACCAC